GACACUUUUUUUUUCCUAUAAGGAUGAAAAGGGCUCGCGAUCCUGACUAGAAAUAACACAAAAGUGAACUUCCAAAUCACUGGCUAAAAAGGCUUUCAGCUUAUUUUAUAUACAUGUGUUGAAAAUAAUAUUUACUUCAUACUUUCUCUUAGAUCUCUAGCUAUUUCUAACUUCUAGCUUUCAUCUUUUGUUACAAGUAAUUGUUGACAAUGUACUUUUGUCCAAGUCUGACAUAUUCUAUAAUGUCUAUACAUUUACAACUAGUCUUUUAGAAGACUGGCUAAAGGUCAUCAUUAUCACCAUUGUCAUAUCAGCCUUUUAUCGCCCACUGCUGAGGCCUCUCCCAGUACGCCACUUAUUCCGGUCCUGAGCCAAUCUCAUCCAGAAGUGACCCGCAAUCUUCCAAAUGUCGUCCACCCAACGAGCCAACGGACGCCAGGCACUCCUUUCGUCUGAAAGUGUUUUCUUAAAUUUGUUGAUAAUGCAGUUUCUUCAAUUUUUUUUUUUAAUUUCCUCCAGAAAAUUUUCGGCUAAAUCUCCCCGCGCGAACCCCCAUGCCUAGAGGCUGGGCGUCAGUGUGGCCGCAUCCGCCGCGCGCGCCGCCCGUCCCGACCCUCUGUAUAUUCCCGCCUUAAUUACUGAAAACAAUGGUUACACGUCAGUAGUUUUUGCACGACACACGGAUUGGUCUUGAGUUAACCAGCCAGUGAUGUGAUGACGCAGGCCCGUGAGCCCCUCGGCAUCAUGGACGGCAACCCCAACGUCGACUUCUCCACCAAAACCAAGCGCGGAGUCUACCUCUCCAAGAGCCUCGCUUUCGUCAUACUAGUCAUCUUCGCUUUAGCCCUAGUCGCUACAUCCUUCAUAGUCUACAACUUCGCCGCUUGCCCCAGAACCGACCAACUCGCCAAUGUUACGAAAUACGAACUCAGUCACUGUGACUCGUCUAAACAAUUACUAGUAAUACCAUUAACAACUGAAAAUACUAAAAGCGUUAUACCUUUAGAAACUACACCAGCACCAGAGGUUUUUGAAGAAGAUGAAACAACUGUUCAAGAUGUAAGAUUACCUACUUAUGUUAAACCUGAGAAAUAUUUCCUAAAGCUAACUCCUUAUAUUUAUGAAGGCAAUUUCACAUUUGAUGGAUUUGCUAGUAUAACAUUGAAUGUUAAGAACAAUACGCGGAUUUUGACUUUUCAUGGAGUGGAAUUAAAUUUCCAUGAUAUUGCUUUGUAUCAGAAAGAUACUGGGAAGAGAAUAAAGAUUGACCAAAGGACAGAAGAUGUACCACGGCAGUUCCAUAUAUUGAAACUGUAUGAGGCGUUAUAUGUAGGAAAACAGUAUGUGUUGAAUAUAACAUACACAGGGAUACUGAACGAUAAUCUUCACGGAUUUUAUAGAAGUUCUUAUGAAGAGAAAAAUGUUAAAAGAUGGAUAGCAGUGACGCAGUUCCAAGCGACGGACGCCCGCCGCGCGUUCCCGUGCUGGGACGAGCCGGCCCUCAAGGCGCGUUUCACCAUUAGUAUCGCUCGGCCAAGGAACAUGACAUCUGUGUCCAACAUGAACAGCGUUGGUUCGCAGCCACACGACACCCUCAAGGAUUACUUCUGGGACCACUACGCCGAAUCCCUCCCCAUGUCUACAUACCUCGUCGCCUUUGCCGUCACCGACUUCGGCAAGAAAAGCGACAGUAACUUCACCGUCUGGGCCCGGAAAGAAGCACUGCAAUCUGCCUCUUACGCCCUGGAGAUUGGGCCGAAAAUCCUGCAGUACUUGGAGGAUUAUUAUAAGAUUAAGUUCCCGCUGCCCAAGAUUGAUAUGAUUGCUUUGCCGGAUUUCAAGGCCGGCGCUAUGGAGAACUGGGGGCUUUUGACGUUCAGAGAAAUCGCCAUGCUCUACGACAGCAGCAACUCGCCGACAACAGCGAAGGCGCGCGUCGCCGCAGUAGUUGCUCACGAGAUCGCACACCAGUGGUUCGGGAACCUAGUGACGCCGGCUUGGUGGUCCGAUAUCUGGCUGAAUGAGGGGUUCGCGUCCUACGUGGAGUAUGUGGCUGUUGAUGCUGUUGAAAAAACCUGGAAGCUGAUGGAAGUAUUCGUCCUGAACGAAGUGCAGAGCGUAUUCAAGCUUGACGCUCUGACCUCCUCCCACCAGAUCUCUGUGGAAGUGGGCAAUCCUGAGGAAAUCGGCGCCAUUUUUGACAAGAUCUCAUACGGAAAGGGCUCCGCUAUCCUCCGCAUGAUGAACCACUUCCUAACCGACGACGCCUUCAACGCCGGCAUCACCGACUACCUGAACGCCAAGAUGUACGGCGACGCCGAGCAGCGGGACCUAUGGAGCGCGCUCACCGCCGCCGCCAGGAGGAAAGGCGCCUUCGACGCCGAUGUGGCCGUGGUCAUGGAUUCCUGGACGCUACAGACUGGAUUCCCAGUGCUCACUAUUACUAGGGAUUAUAAUAGUGGCGCUGUUUCUUUUAAACAGGAGCGCUUUGUCCUUAUCAACAAUGGCGAAAGCAAGGAAUCCCCAGUGUGGUGGAUCCCGAUAUCUUAUACGACGGCUACAGAGUCCGACUUCGAGUCAACGAGGCCGAAGCUCUGGCUGCGAGGGGAACGGGCGAAGGUUGUUAGGAACAUCUCAAUCGCAAAAGAUGACUGGCUGAUUGCCAAUAUCCAGCAGACAGGUUUCUACCGAAUCAACUACGACCAACGCAACUGGCAGAUGCUGAUCAAGAUUCUCAACGAUCCGAAACGCUUCCAAGAGAUCCACCCUAUCAACAGGGCUCAGAUCGUCGACGAUGCCAUGAACCUAGCUCUAGCUGGACGGCUAGACUACAAAACGGCCCUAGAUAUUACCAGCUAUCUCGUCCAUGAGAGAAGUUAUGUACCUUGGAAAGCGGGACUGGUAGCCCUGGGUUACAUCGAUACGAUGCUGUCUAAAGGAGCUUAUUAUCUAGAGUACAAGCGUUACGUGCUCAAACUUCUGGACGGAGCUGUCAAAGAUAUAGGCUGGGACGUGGCGGCCAACGAGAGCGUAGUUCGGGCGCAGCAGCGGGUGGACCUGCUGUCAACCGCUUGUCACCUGGAGCACGACGAGUGUUUGAGAACUGCUGUCAUCAAGUAUACGAAUUGGAUGCUCACGCCCAAUGCUGAUGCUUUGAAUGACAUCCACGCUGACAUCCGCAGCACGGUGUACUGCGUCGGCGUACAAACCGGCAACGCGCGGGAGUGGGACUUCGCGUGGGACCGCUUUAGAGCCGCCAGCGCACCUUCUGAACGAGAGCUACUUCUAUCAGUACUGGGUUGCACAAGAGCUCCUUACUUAUUGUACAGAUAUCUGGAGCUGUCUCUUCGCAACGACAGCGGCAUACGCAAGCAGGAUACUCUGCGCGUGUUUUCUGCUGUGGCCAGUUCGGCCAUCGGCCAGCCUAUAGCCUUCAACUUCGUUCGCGCCAACUGGCAAAGGUUGAAAGAGUUUGUCGGCUCAGCUGCAACCCUGGCUUCUAUAGUCAAAGUAGUGACGAGGCGAUUGAACCAACCGCACGAAUACGAAGAGCUAAAAAGAUUCGUAACAGAAUAUUGCGCUGAACUCGGACGCCCAGUCCAGCAAGUCCUAGAGCGAACUGAGGCCAACGUUCAAUGGAUGCAGAGGAACUACCAACCCAUCGUUGAUUGGCUGCUGGCGGCGGACAAAGCCAACGUUAAAGCGUGAUUGGUCGGAUUAUACUGCAUUGUAAAAAUGUUAAUAGCCUAAUUUGAUGCUUUGAAAGAGCCACGGAGCUGAGAAUUUCGUACAUUGGCCGUUUCACAUCAUGUUUCCGUCUCUCGCACGUCAUUAUACUAUUAUCCCUAGGCACAAAUACCCCAACAGAGGAUUAAUUCAGAGGGGUAGGUAAGAUAUAAGUAAAAAAUAUUGUUUAGUACGACCAACCUGUACCUGUAUGAAAAAUCUGUACCUGUCAAUGUAUGAAAUUCUUCCUGCUUGAUCACCAUUUUAAGUUGAUAAACACCUUUGUUUGAUACAAAAAACGAUUUCUCGUGUGUCUCAAAAUUUGAUUCGAAAACGAUCGAUUUGAAGAAUGACGUUAAGAAGCACGCCAUUUCUUUUUUGGAGAAAGAUACGUUAAUAAUCUAAUAUUUUUGAGAGGACAAAGCAUCUCAAAUCUUCCCUACCACUCAUAAAAGCCGUAAGAGCCUUAUCACACUUGCGAUUUGUGAGCGAGUUGAAAGCGAAGCAAAGCUCGCGGCGAAUUCGUUGCGCACUCGCGGCGAAAUCGCUGCGCGCUCGCUUCGCUUUCAACUCGCCCACAAAUCGCAAGUGUGAUGAGGCCCACAGCCAUGGAAAACACAGUUUUAAUUUCUAAUUUGUUGUGCGAGAUAUAUGGUAGUAUGAAAUUUCGUCGGUCAUCGCAUCCCCGGCGAUAGCUCGUGAAGUUAUUAAGGACGUUGUGUAAUGAACUCUCGUGGACGUCGCUGUCGCUCCGUUGGUGUACUUUUACGCGUGGUCGGACAGAAGGCCUCUCAAUGUGUCUUAGAAAUGUCAGAUAUACGAAUAAGAUAAUUAGAAGUAAUUUUCUACUUAUAUCAGUCACAAAUAAGCUAUAUUGUACUAGUCAAGGAUUUCAUCGGUUUACGGACUCUCUUAUUGAUACCAAAGUUCAUUAUAUGUAAUAUUAAUGGAUUUUGAAUUUUCAUGGACCAAAAUGUUCAACUUUAGAAGCACGCAUUCAUAGACGGUUCGACAAAUAUAAUUUUAAGAUUACCUAGUGUAAAUUAAACUAAGACCCUAUAGUCGGUAUGAUGCCGCUGGCGGGCACCAUCGAAUUUACUGAUAGCUUUUUUAACUUUUAACUGUUACAUCUGGCUCGAAGGACCACUUUGUUCAUACACAUUGCUACGUUACCGGUCGUUGAUUUUAAAAUGUGACAGAUUCUUAUAUACAUUCUCUGAUAAACUAGCGUUACUUAGUUUGCGUCUAGAACAGCGCCAUCUCUUCGGAAAUUGGGACAACAAAGUAAACAUUAGCAGUGGUGAAAUUCCUACAAAAUAGUAAAUUGAAGAGUAGGAGAUCGAUUCUCAUUUAACAAUUUGUAAUAGUUUUAACACGAUCUUGAUGAUCGUCUUGGUCAUUGGCGCACACUUCACGCAAGAUGUUUACUUCAUUUUGCAUGCACAUAUCAACGUGAGCGAUUUUCAAGGUCGUAUCAAAAUAAAAUAAAAACCGUUACAAGUUCUUAAAUCAAAAUCGGGCUCUAGGUAGCCCACAUAGCGUGAGGUAUUGAAAAAAAAACUGGCCAAGUGCGAGUCGGACUCGCGCACCGAGGGUUCCGUACAAACCUGUAGGUAUAUAUUAUGAAGUAUACGAUUUAACAAAAAUUUAACGGUUUUCGCAAUUUUUUCUUUAUCUGUGCUAUAAUCUUGAAAUUUGAUACGAAGCAACGUCCUUCGUAUCAAAUUUCAAGAUCGAAAAUUU